ACGAAAAAAUAAGCAAAUAGGAAAAAUUAACAAAAUUAGCAAAAUUAACAAAAUGUUUACACUUGCGAAAGGUCAAGAACUUAAUGCUGCCAAAAAAACGCCUUCCAAGUAGGGAUAAUAAAAAAACAGAACGUGAAACUUGUCAGCAGUUCGCAUACCUGCCCUCUUUUAACCGCUAAACCCACAACACCAUUGCAGCAAACAUUUUUAUCACAAAAAACAUGUGUACAAUCUGGCAAGCGCUGCUAAUGAGGAACUGCUUCUAAAUUUUGCCUCCUUCGCGCAACCACAUUUGCCUAUACGCACGUGCAUACAUGUUUUUACAUGACCACACCCUUUCGUGCGGGGGGCAAGCUGGUGUUAGUGUUAGUGUAAUUGUAGGACGCUUUCACCUCAACACGUUUUCUCUGAACAGACAAACAAAACGUGAAGCCGUGAAAAAUGCAAAAUGCUCGUGUCGCGAACAAAAUAAAACUAAUACUGUGCCUCCUUUUUGCCGCCCUCCUAAAACCAAAUGACGUAACAGAAGCUUAUAAUACUGCUCGAAAUGCAGAAAAAUUAAACUACAUAUUGAAUUACAAAAACGCGAGUAGGUACCACAUAGAUAAUAGGAUAAAUAAAACGUUUUUAAAAAAAAAAAAACUGAAGGGAAACACAUUAAACAGCUUUAAUGAUGACGUGAAGACGAUUAGGGAGGACAUGUCGGCAGACAGUUCUCCGGUGGAAAAGUACAAUUUCAAAGCAGAGGUGAAUAAAGUUAUGGACAUAAUAGUCAAUUCGUUAUACACAGAUAAGGAUGUGUUUCUGAGAGAGCUAAUUUCGAACGCGUCGGACGCCUGUGACAAGAAAAGGAUAAUACUGCAAAAUGAGAAACAAAUGAAAGAAGCACAGGAUAUAGCGAACUCAUCGGUAGCUAAAAGUGACGUGGAAAAAUCCACCCCCGAGGGAGCUAACAACAAUGGAGAGGUAGAAAACAAAGAACAAGUGGAUGAAAUAAAAAAGCUAAUCAUAAAAAUCAAACCAGAUAAAGAAACCAAAACGCUAACCAUUACAGAUAACGGAAUUGGCAUGGACAAGAAUGAACUCAUUAACAACUUAGGAACGAUCGCCCAAUCGGGGACUGCCAAAUUUUUAAAACAAAUUGAGGAAGGCAAAGCGGAUAGUAACCUAAUUGGACAGUUCGGAGUUGGUUUCUACUCCUCCUUUCUGGUGUCUAAAAAAGUGGAGGUAUUCACAAAAAAAGAAAAUACCAUUUUUAGAUGGUUCUCAGAUUUGAAUGGCAGCUUUAUGGUUAACGAAAUAAAAAAAUAUGAACAGGAAUAUGAAGACAUACAAUCGAGUGGGACAAAAAUUGUCCUACACUUGAAGGAAGAAUGCGACGAAUAUUUGGAGGAUUAUAAGUUAAAAGAAUUAAUCAAAAAAUAUUCCGAGUUUAUUAAAUUCCCUAUCGAAAUAUGGUCAGAAAAAAUUGACUAUGAAAGAGUUCCAGACGAUUCGGUGUCCCUAAAAGAUGGAGAUAAAAUGAAAAUGAAAACGAUAACAAAAAGAUAUCACGAAUGGGAGAAAAUUAACGUGCAGUUACCAAUAUGGAAGCAAGACGAAAAAAAACUAACUGAAAAUGAUUACUAUAGCUUUUAUAAAAACACCUUUAAGGCAUAUGAUGAUCCGUUAGCCUAUGUCCACUUUAACGUAGAAGGACAAAUCUCUUUCAAUUCCAUUUUAUACAUCCCAGGAUCACUCCCAUGGGAAUUGAGUAAAAAUAUGUUUGAUGAAGAAUCAAGAGGAAUUCGUCUCUACGUCAAAAGAGUUUUCAUAAAUGAUAAAUUCUCAGAAUCUAUACCCAGAUGGUUAACCUUUUUAAGGGGUAUUGUGGACAGUGAAAAUCUGCCCUUAAAUGUAGGAAGAGAAAUUCUGCAGAAGUCAAAAAUGCUUUCCAUUAUCAACAAAAGAAUUGUUCUUAAAAGUAUCAGCAUGAUGAAAGGACUCAAAGAAACCGGAGGAGAAAAAUGGAAUAAAUUUCUCAACACCUUUGGAAAAUAUCUCAAAAUUGGAGUCGUGGAGGAUAAAGAAAAUCAGGAAGAAAUCGCCUCCCUAGUUGAAUUCUAUUCCAUCAAUAGUGGAGAUAAAAAAAUCGAUUUGGACACUUACAUAGAAAAUAUGAAACCCGAUCAAAAGUGUAUCUAUUACAUUUCAGGGGAAAAUAAAAAAACCGCGCAAAAUUCCCCCUCUUUGGAAAAAUUGAAAGCACUAAAUUAUGAUGUGCUCUUCUCCCUAGAGCCGAUAGAUGAAUUUUGCUUGUCCUCCCUGACUGUCAAUAAAUACAAAGGGUACGAUGUCUUGGAUGUGAACAAAGCGGACUUGAAGUUAAAAAAAGAAAACGAUCAAAACCAGACGGAUAGCCUAGAUAAGCUAAAAAUGAAAUACGAAAUAUUAUGCAGAUGGCUACAUAACAAAUUUUCUCAUAAAGUGCACGAAGUCCGCAUUUCCGACAGGCUGAUUAACUCUCCUGCUUUGCUAGUUCAAGGCGAAAUGGGAAUAUCCCCCUCCAUGCAAAAGUACAUGAAACAACAAGCCACCGCGCAAGGAAUGUCAGAAAAUGAAAUGUUCGGGGGGCAGUCAGCCAAUCAACCUGUGCUAGAAAUUAACCCAAACCAUUACAUCAUCAAACAGCUAAAUCAUUUAAUACAAAUAGAUAAAAUGAAUUCUCAAAAUUCAGAAAUUGCAGAACAGAUAUUUGACAUUGCUUCCAUGCAGGGGGGGUACACCAUUGACGACACUGGUCUUUUUGCAAAGCGGGUCAUCGGGAUGAUGGAGAAAAAUGCCCAGACGUAUUUGAUGAAUGUUCAGGGUAAUCUGGACAGCACACCUUCAGAGAGUAGCCCGUCUAGCAGUUCCGAGCCGGCCCAGAAUUCGGCGCAGGGUGAUUCAACUCAGGGCAACGCAGGCGGGAGUAACCCAGCACUUGACAAUCCAUCCAGCUCAAGCGAGUCCGCCGGAUUAAGUGAACCCAGCGCGGAUGCAAGCAGCACGGGCGGAUUCGGGGAAGAGAGACUGAGCGCCAGCAAUUUGGACGGCCUGGGGGGAGACAACGCAAGUGCUAAUGCAAAUGCAAAUGAAAGCUCAAAUGCAAGCACAAACAGCAUAGGUGCAAAUGGCCUAAGCGAUAGCGCCCUGAAUGGAAGUAACAUGAACGGCCUGGAUCCAAACUUGUACAACAUCGAUCGAAACAUUUUUAAUGACAAAAUGUUUAGCGGCUCGGACAAAACCGUCUUAUGAUGCGGGCGCACAGGACGAGUAGGCUGCCAAUCGGCCCCUUUAAUUAUCAACCAUUUUUUAAAUGCACACAUGUGAAGCUGCGCAUGUGCAUGCACGUUCCACAUGGCUGAGUGGCGGAAAAUAACAAGCGUGUAUGUUUUCCCCACGCAGCGCUUCAACAUAAGUUCCACCCAUUUGUCUAAUCAUUACAGUGAUAUGUAUAUGUGUAUGUAUAUGCGUAUGCACAUGUAUAUAAGUAUACGCAUGUAUUAAUAUGUACAUAUUAAUAUGUAUAUCCUUUUUUGAAUUUUUUCAUCUCGCAAAUUCGUUUGGAAUUUUCACGUGCGUACACAUGUCUGCUCUGUAAACUUUCCAAAUUGUUUUUUUAUUAAUCUUUACCAAAUUAAGAAUUAAAUUAACUCUGAAAAUUUUUAUUAUGUGCGUAAUGUGUGAACAUUUUCGUAUGCAUUUUUUUUUUUUUUUCCCACUUGUAAAAUAAAUGCAUAUUCCUCCUCUUUACAUUUAAAAGUUACACACUCGUAUCUUACAAAUGUUUUCAAACGUUUGGACAGUUCCAACGCAAUUUAUUAUUCUCCUUUUUUUUUUCUUUUUUCUUUUUUUAAGAUUUAAGCAAUUUUUUUAAUAGAAUAAUAAGUAGUA